GUCUUUAAACUCAUAAUGAAGAUUCGUGAAUAAGUGAGACCCAACACUGGAAGUUCUUGUCUCUGGAGCGUGUGAGUGGAUGGUGAGGCUUGCUGAAGAAGCUUCUCUGGAAUUAUAGUUCCUGAAUACUGUUCAGGGUGUUCAUCUCUGAAACGUAAAAACAAAUCGCUGCUAUUCGCAUCACGUAAGCUUACUUUGAAGUGAAAGACCUCAUGAGUGUAGCGAAAUAUCAAAUGUGAGGAGAUAAUAGUACUAGAAAUCGCUUAAUAAGUGAGAAACUCUCGUAACUUUCAUGAGGAGGUGUUUGCUCGUGAAAUCUUAUAUGAAAACUCUUGAACCUGAAUGCUGUGGCCAGACUCUGCCAGUUGGAGGGCGAGCCGCACGCGUCGGCGAGGGAUGAUGGCCUUCUCCUCUCCACGCCACUCCAUCACGAUCCAGUAGCGUGUGACUCUUGCUGCGCCUUCUGAGGGGGGAAGAAAAUUACUAAGAAAAAGGGAAAAAGAAAGUAAAGAACACAUUGCGUGACACGAAUUGAAUAAGAAACAUAUGCAAUAGAGAAUAUCAAAAGGGGACGGUGCUGACAAGAACAAAUAAGGAAAUGAACAAGCGACGCUAGAAUACCAAACAGAAAACAAAAUAUAGGAGAAACAGUAACUAUGGUGGCCUUGGAGUAGCACGGGGAGUAAGGUGAAUGCGGUGUAAGGCUGUCCAUGUGGCUGUCGCGUCCUGUCUGGCCGCCUGACUUCCUGGCGUCCCAGACACGUCUCAGACUCGCUCUCUACCUCCCGUCCUCCACAGCUAACCCCUCCCCUCAGUGUGCAGGUGGCCCUUGCUGCCCCGGGUCCCCUCUCUAACUCCUACAGCAUACAUAUAUCUACACUGAAAUAUCUCCCCCAUACCUGUAUAAGAGAAGUCUUUACACCCUCUGCUGCCUCCACCUACCCUUCCUGUGUUUUAAUUUGUUGAGGCUGUAGCGAGGGUCUGGGCUGCCAUACACCCACUCCCCCUUCCUCCCCUGGUCCCAGCCUUACUCGCUAACAGACUUCUUGGUGAUAAUGUCUUAGCCUAGUAUAGCUUUAGUACAAAUCAUUCAUCCGUCAGUAACUUAAUUAUCUGAAAAAAGAGAGUUUGUUUUCCAAUUUGGCACUUCAGUAGCUGGUCCUUCGUUGAUUACUUUGUCACUGGCCACUCUCCCUGGUGCUCCCCGCGGCCUCUGAUUGCCCAUUCACGUCCCGACCUUUCUCCACUUUUCUGUUUGUCUUUGAUUUGUCAUCGCCCCGUCACGCCGUCUGUGUCGUGAUCCCGUGAGUCGCCCCGCCACCCUCCUCCCUUCCCACCACCCCUCCUCGACACUUCGCCACCUCUGGUCGUCGUCCACCUAAACUUUCGCAAACAUGGAUAUGAAACCUCGCCGCCGCAAGAAGGGAAAGAAGGGAAAGCCAAGUUACAAGUCACUACCCAAACUCAGUAGCCAAGAUGACGACGGCCCCAACACUCAGACCAACUACACAGGAACGGGAAAUUUCGAGCCCAUUCCCCACGACCACGACUUCUGCGAGAGAGUCGUCAUAAACAUAAGCGGUCUUCGGUUCGAGACGCAACUCCGGACGUUGAACCAGUUUCCGGAGACCCUACUGGGGGACCCGGCGCGUCGGAUUCGCUACUUUGAUCCUCUACGAAAUGAGUACUUCUUCGAUCGCAACCGGCCCAGUUUCGACGCCAUCCUAUACUACUAUCAGAGCGGAGGGAGGCUCAGAAGACCAGUCAACGUGCCACUCGAUGUCUUCGCGGAGGAGAUUAAGUUUUACGAGCUCGGUGAGAUCGCCACCAAUAAAUUCAGGGAGGAUGAGGGCUUCAUCAAGGAGGAGGAGCGGCCGCUGCCGGAGAACGAAUUCCAAAGGAAAGUGUGGCUGCUGUUUGAGUACCCGGAGAGCUCGCAGAACGCUAGAGUGGUUGCCAUCAUCUCCGUCUUCGUUAUCCUCCUUUCCAUUGUGAUCUUUUGCCUUGAGACACUACCGGAAUUCAAGCACUACAAGGUGUUCAAUACCACGACCAACGGCACUGUGGUGGAAGAGGACGAGGUGCCCGAAGUCACGGAUCCAUUCUUCCUCAUAGAGACCAUUUGUAUCAUUUGGUUCUCCACUGAACUAUUAGUGAGAUUUUUCGCAUCGCCACUCAAGGGAGCGUUUUUGAAAGACGUCAUGAACAUUAUCGAUAUAGUAGCUAUCAUUCCUUACUUUAUUACGUUGGCGACUGUGGUAGCCGAGGAGGAGGGCGAGGUGAUGGUCAUCCCUGCAGAGACACUUUCCCCGCACGAAAAGGGGUCAAACCAGGCCAUGUCCCUAGCCAUACUACGAGUUAUUCGACUGGUCCGAGUAUUCAGAAUAUUCAAAUUGUCUCGACACUCCAAGGGUCUCCAGAUUCUCGGAAGAACGCUCAAGGCCUCCAUGAGGGAACUCGGUCUCCUAAUAUUCUUCCUCUUCAUCGGUGUGGUACUCUUCUCAAGUGCUGUGUACUUCGCCGAGGCAGGCUCAGAAAAAUCCUACUUCAAGUCUAUUCCUGAUGCCUUCUGGUGGGCGGUCGUCACCAUGACAACAGUGGGCUAUGGAGAUAUGACGCCCGUGGGUGUGUGGGGUAAAAUCGUCGGGUCACUGUGCGCCAUCGCCGGCGUGCUCACCAUCGCUCUUCCUGUGCCCGUCAUUGUGUCAAACUUCAACUACUUCUAUCAUCGGGAGACCGACCAGGAGGAGAUGCAGAGUCAAAACUUCAACCACGUCACCAGUUGUCCCUACCUGCCUGGCACUGUUGGCCAGCACCUGAAGAAGGACUCUUUAUCCGAGUCGUCUUCAGACAUCAUGGAGCUUGAAGAGGGAGUCUUACUGUCGCACGACCUCAGUAAAAAGCAGAAUUGCAACCCGCGCCACAACAACAAUAUAAACGCUAUGAGCAUCGAAACUGACGUCUGACACUUGUGUGGCAGGAAGGAUUCAAGCAGUGCCAAUACUGAGUGCACAAAGUAACUACAAAGUGGGUCAGGCUGCCGCGCCACCUUCACCCUCAAGCGGAGGAGGCAUCCCAGAGCAGCACAGGGUCGCGUGGGGUCAGGAGGUCAUCCAGCAUAUUGAUUCGAGACAAAUUUGAGAUGCAUUCAUUGGUCACCAUUAGUUCUUAACAUUAGUCAAAGGGGAAAAUGUAAAUAUGAUAGUCAUUUUCAUAUUUCAAAUUAUGUAUUUUUGUAUAAUUCUGCAUCUUCUAGAAUUCUGGAUAUUGACUCGCACCUUUCACAUUCGGCAUUAACAGUGAUAAUAGUCAUGAGUUCAAGAAAUAAAACGAAAUUUCAGCAACUCGGCUACUCUACAGGGUUGAUUGAAAAAGAAAACGGUAUCCGGUCCCCCCUCCAUUAAAAAAAAAACAAAUGGAUUGUGAAAUUGGGCAUUAUAUUAUUAAGUGGAGAUCUUAAAUGACUCCAACCCAAGACGUCCACUCCUGACCCAGCCAGACCCAAGUGUGGCGAAUCAAAACAAUGCGAGCGAUAGAUAGAUAGAUGAGAGAGAGAGAGAGAGAGAGAGAGAGAGAGAGAGAGAGAGAGAGAGAGAGAGAGAGAGAGACAGAGAGAGAGAGAGAGAGAGAUGCUGCAGAGAUGAAUCGAGAAACGUUUGAUGUACUGUACAUGUGAUAAUCCCGUAAUCUUUAAAUAGUGGAAGAAGAUAAUGAUUAAAAAAAAUGACGCAACAAAAUUAUUCAGAGGAUUUUUUUAUGCAUACGCAGUCAUUAUUACUAUUGUUAUUAUUAUUAUUAUUAUUAUUAUUAUUAUUAUUAUUAUUGUCGAGAUGAUGAUGAUGAUGAUGAUUAGCUGUUUUGGUGUCAGUUCGGUGAUCCGUUGUGAAGUCGGAGUGGUGAUUGCGAAUGGCGGGACGAAGAGGAAUCCAGCCGGCAAGGGGAGAACAAUAACAGUGGACUGCUAAGAUAUUCGUUUGGCAGCUUUCCCCCCAUCCCCUUCUUCAUUUUUUUCUCUGUUCUAAUUCCCUUUUUUUUUUUUUUUACCCUCAAUAUUUUUCUUUGUUCAUUUCAGCCUCCUCCUCCUCCUCCUCCUCCUCCUCCUCCUCCUCCUCCUCCUCCUCCUCCUCCUCCUCCUCUUCGAGUUCAUUUUUAUAAUUAAACAAAUUUAGAGACUGCCUCUCUCCCUUUUUUUAAUCCCUUCCUUCUGUCUCAAACAAAUUCAGAAAAUUAUUCGCUACCUAACCUGCCCCAGUGACGAACUUCCAAGUACUUCACGCCCUCCUCCUACUGCUCCUCCUCCUCCUCCUCCUCCUCCUCCUCCUCCUCCUCCUCUUCCUCCUCCUUCUCCUCUUCCUCCUCCUCCUCCUCCUUCUCCUCCUCCUCCUCCUCCUGUAUCAACAUCCCCAUGCUACCACCACCAUCACCACCGCAUACACGUCCCUACUCUUGCUCCGCUUCCCUGUUCUUCUUUCCUUCAUCCCACCCUCCAUGUCGUACAGGCUAGUUUUCCCUCAUUCAUCUCUCUCUCUUAGCCUCCUCUUGGUCUACCUGACUUCCCAGAGUGACUCUAGAUUGGCCCGCAGACUCUGUGGCGUGUUUCUACUUCCGUCUGAAAUCUUGCCCUUCCACUGUCACAUCAUACAUGUGAGAGCGACCCUGGAAAAUUCAUACAUCAAGCUCUGCUUCUCAGGUGAUUCACGAGCUUCACGGGGUGUCAUAAGAGUCAAGGUCCUCAAUGAAUACUCGGGGAUAGUUGCCUUGUGGUUUAUGCCCUGAAGCUGAUGCAUUGCCUCACCUUCAGACUCUCACUGUAGGAGCAUUCUAAGGUAGUGGAACCCAUAUCUACCUUCCCCCAGCUGCCCAGAGGCUCCUUCUGCAUUUACUGUACUACUCCAUUUCCUAUUUAAGCCUCUAUCUAUUAACAUCUUUUACGACUUUUCCUGCUCUCUAUCGCGGUAGCUGACUGUCCCCGGAAGUAUUACGCCUCACUCUGGAACUCCAGUGCUCCCACCUUACCCUUGUCGGAUGCCAAAUCGUCGCAAGACUACGGUAGCAGUAUUUUGUGGGCAGAUGGGGGUAGGGGUAGUUCUGGGUGAUAGGAUUGAAAGCCUUUUGGUAACUCCUUAAUGAACCUCCCCCCCUUCCUAAUGUCAUUCCAACUCCUACAUCAAUUAGAAUUUUCCCAGGUUGAACAGCAAUAAGGCAUAAACAGUCUAUUAAUACCACUGUAACUUUAAGAUUUGUUUUCUGUUCACUCUGCAUAAUAACAGUUUUUAAAUAUUAGCUCCUUACAAAGCAUUUCAUAAUAUAUUGUUGUUCAACUGUUCCCUAAUAUACAUUCUCCUGUGUUAGUCAGUCAAGUGUCGGUAUGCUAAUGUCACCAAAAUCGUCAUGUGGUAAUGUUACAUGCAGUGUCACAACUGAUGUAGUGAGUGAUAAGAGACUCGCACCGCCACCACUACCACCUACUUCCACGACCCUCCACCAAGGCUAAAUCCCGAGCCCACUGUGCAGCCACCAAGUUUCCGGAAGAACCUGAAACAUGCGCAAACGGAUGGGGAGGAACAACAAACAAAUGAGCAACGAAUGAUGCAGCUGCCGUGAUCAGACUUUCGUUACGACAAGCAAGUGGUGAUGUUUGUGCCUGAAGCAAAUUCUAUAAAGCUUUACAAAGAAUGUACAUAUUCGUUAUUCUAGUGAUCCAUUAGUUACUACUAAGAACAAUGGCCUGAUUGAAGACGGGAGGAAAGGACACUCAACAAGCAGCUGGUGUGUUCUGUGCUGGAAGUAGUAGUAGUGACAGUGGUGGAUGAAAGGGUUCGCAAACCUCGACUGAGAGUGUGCAAGGUUGAUUAUAACGCUCCAUGACACGCAGUGCCGGACUGAAAAAAAAGGGGGGAUUAGUUUUCAAACCGUCUUUUUCAAACCUGAACUGGAUAACUAUUAAGAUAUUCACCAGCGCUGUUCUAAGUGUUGGAUAAUUUUCGGGUUGUUUCGGUUUUACAGUUUAUUGGAUGGUUUGAGAUGUCAAUUCGGUGAUGUUGGUACCCCUGUGCGUGAAAAUGGCGCAGAAAGAUGCUACAUUUGUUUCAGUUACCUGGAGUUCAAUCCUUGACCUACAUCUUGAAGCACGUUUUCUAAGUACCCGCAAGCUGUUGCUCCGCCCUGGCCACCUGCUGACUCAGGGUGGGAGCACGAAACCGCAGAGAGGCUGUCCGAGCUGUCUGCUACGUGAAAACCUGGAUGAGUCAAAGCACAACAAAUCGGAGCCUAUGUAACGCGAAGAUAAAUCUACAGAAGAAUACACAUAAGUACAAUGAUUUUUCCAUGCAGACGCAGAAUCUUUGGAUGUAAACAGCAAUACAUGAAGUAUAAUUAAGGGUUUACCAAAUCAGCAAUGGUUGAAAUCAUGAACGUUUAUCGAGGGAACGAAACACGUGACAGGGUGAGCAGCAGCAGCAGCAGCAGAAGCAGAAGCAGCAACAGCAGUAAGAAGGAUUGGAAGUAGUUUUCCUCAAAUGGCACGUAUCCUCCUAGAGAGCCUCAUCCCCUCUCCACUGAAAGAGGUGCCGCCCUAUCACUCAGGAAGGAUGGUCUUAACUAUUGUAAAGCACUGACCUCGGGGAUUUCCAGUCAGUGUCGCCGUGCCGCAAGCGUGGUGGUGACGACACUCCUGCACUCUCCGAAGUCUCUAGCUUGCCCUCAGCCCCGGUGCGUCACGUAAGAACCCCUUAAGAUGAUACCAAAGUUCAUCGGCUCCUCAAAAUUAUUGGUGGUCAAUUACUGACAACUGAUGAAUGAUGCCAGAAAGUAUAAUUUGUAAUGAUUGUAAUAAUAGCGCCAGCUUCUUUAUUAUCAUGUGAUUUAUUGAUGAUUUUAUUCUCAGAUUUUAAUCGAAAUGUGAUACUGCCGCAAGUCAUCGAAGUGAGAAAAUGCAAUCUUGUGGUGUUCUUAUAAUGACGAAGCUAACCUAAGUCCAUCUUGUGUGCACUUACUGGUUCAUAGGAUUGCGGAGAGUUUUUGGCGACAGCUGCUGAGAGGAACAGAAGGAAAAAGCUAAAUUUAAGCGCAACGAAGCUGCCAUAUGAAGGGAGAGUGACCGAAGGUGAAGCAUAUAUGAUUGAACUAUUAAAAGGAAUCCAAUACUAACCAGAACCAUUUCAGUACACACUGCCCAUUCACACCCUGCAGAGACAUUUUAUGGGGUAUCAGCUGCCGAGGUGUAUGAAAAUGAAAAAAAAAAGACACGUUUUGUGUUCAUAUCAUAACUUUCACCCCUUUGCCUUUGCAUCGUUUAUGCCCAGAUUUCCUAAGUGAUGAUGUUGGAUUGUCUAAACAUAUCGUUCAUUCAAAAUAUGAAGCCUUGUCCUUUGUGUGAACCGUUCUCACUUAUUACAUUUUGAAGUUUGUGUCUUCUUUCAGUGUCCAUUUAUGUUCUUAAUUGUGCUGCUUUCCCUUCAGUCAUCAAUUUAGCCAGACAUCUACAGUGUACAUAAUAAAACUGUAAGUAAGUAUGUGGAUGACUGUACCCGGUGCUAAAUUUCCUUUACAGUCAAGGAAGAGGAUGUAAAAUAAAAUAAAAAAUAAUAAAAAAUUUGCCAUUAAGCUAUAGGUUACUUGUGUUCCAUAUCUACAAGUAAUGUAGCGCAGGAAGAUAAAAACAAGCCUAGGUCAGCAGAGCCCUGUUAGAGCAGAUAAGGUAUAUUAGCUGUUGUAGAGCUUAGGAUGAACGUGAUGGAAGUCAGACCAUUCAAAAUAAGAUCAAAGAAUCCUCGAGAUACAACGUCGGUCGCGCAAGGAAGACGACCGGGUGGGAAAGCUUCAAGGUUGAUCCACACUUUUUUUUUAUUAUUCAUUAUUAUAACUGACUACCUCCCUCUGUAAGACUGUAGAACAAACUAGGUGCAUUCACUAGUUAUCUCCAAGUACUGAGCUCACGAGGAUGUGCACUGGUGAUUAGAAAAAAAAAAUGUAUGCAUAGGAAGAAAAAGAAAGUAGAAUCGAUUAGAAAUUAUAAUCCUGAAAUAUUCCUCCACUCAGCCGCAACAACAAAAUUUACGGGAAAAAUACGAAUCAGUAAAGUUCAUCGCAAUCGCAGGCUGAGAGAAGAGAAAGAGUACGGAAAACUAGACGAUGGACAGUGUUGGCAGGCCCGGAACCUAGGCCGUUGCACGUCACACCUUACUAGUGAAGAGGUGCGCAGUGCCCUGCCUUCGGUCUGUGGGUCUAGAGUAGAGGUAGAAAAUCCAGUGAGCCGUUACCCAAAUUAAUCAACAUUAUGAUAAUUUACAUAGAACGAAGAAAACUAAUGUGACAGUUCGCCUCUCCAAGAUCUAACAAGUGCAUUGCUUCAGUGUAAAUGAGGAAAUGCAUUCAUGUUUUUAUAUGUUUCUUUCUAAAGUCCUGUAUAUAUUCUGUACAUAAUUGACUGAUUGUUUGUUUUACAUUAAGCCUGUUUAUUGUUGACGGUUUGAGAAUCUUAGAUAAUUAUUUUCUCUUGUUGCUGCAUGAGAACUUUGAACAACUUUAACCCAAGUUUUGUGGGCGUGGCCUCUUCUUCCCCGCAGUGCUUGUGAUUAGCUGACUGGGAGGAGGCCUCACCAAUCAGAACUUAAGAGUGGGCUGCCCGUCCCAAGGCGUCUGCAUCUAGUCUCAAGUUUCCUGAUCAACUCUUCUCCUUGUUGACUGUCAUGUCAGAACCAAUAAAAAAGGGGGCGGGCAUCCCAUCUAUUUGCUUCAUACUUUAUCUAGGAAGAACCUCUAGAGCAUUAUUUGCUUGCUAGAAUACAAAAAAAAAUAUUGGAAUAAGUGACCAUUAAACAUUUCAGACGGCGGUAGUUCCUUAAAUGCUGUAACUUCUUCAGCUAUUUACAACUCAGCUUAACCUAGAGAGACAAUGCAAGUGAUGCAAGGCAGGGGCCGUCUGCUGCCCGUGUGACCCGUGACUCUGGGCCGAGGGAGGCGCUCCAGAGAUCAGUGUGCGGUACGUGUGUUGUAGAAGAUAAUUCCGAGGAUACAGUGUUCGUUGUUGCCCGAUGGAAUGGUGUGAGUUGCACCCUGCGAUCCAGUGCUCAACUCACGGGGGCGCCGAACAGAGAGGGUUUAUCUGUUUGUGUGCCCUGCUGGAGCUCCCUCCUAUGGCUCACUGACAAUGAUCACGUUGUAAUGAGUGUCGGCACUUCCUCUCUUGGGUCCUUUUCUUCAUUGUCUUUCGACAUUAUAAGGUGCCAUGUACUCCCAAGUUAUCUUACUGGCUCCCUCUUCCCCCUUCUUUAUUACAUUGUAUCUAUGUUACUUUGCUUCAGACAGUUGUUUUCUUUGUCCACUCAAGGAAGGAAAAUAUUGUUAGCAAACUGCAGCUACCAAUGAAAAUGCCAACUCUUUCCAUUCUUUUCAGAAUUAUUAGUAGUGGUAUAGGGUUUCAAAUUAUUGAGACUUUCUCCAUAUAACUUUAUAAUGACUGCCUGUUAAUGUAUAUAAUACAAAUAAAAGUUGUUGGUUAGAUAACAUGACAACAAUUCAUCGUCAUCCAUUCCAAAUCAAAAUGAAGGCAGAUGACCUGUAAUUACGAGAUACUAGUCCACCUAAUUCCAGGUAUUACUGAUUAGGCUCUCUCCCUUUCCAUAUUAACCCCUGUAACCCCUCAUGUACUGAGGGCCAGAGGGAGACAACAGAGGCAUCUCGCAUAUUCUCAGGGAGAGUUUCAGAUAUUAUAGUCCUUGUAACUUAUCCCUGAAGGCUAAUGGCAGAGUUUUGUGUUGUCUCUUGCUGCUCCUCCCCUCUGCUUCUGAGUCAGAGACAUCAAUGGGUUUCCAGAGUUGCACCGUCUCGGGGGAAGGUGGAGGUUCGCAAGGCACCAAUCUGGGCUACGGGCUCCACUUUCUCCUUCUCAUACAUGUGAACCAACCAUUGAAUGUCUCUGUGAUAAUCAAGAGAACCUCACCUGUUAAAUUUUUUACGUAAUUUUUAAUCUACAUAACCCAUUGGCUUAUUCGAUGAAUAACCUCUGAAAACAUAAAUCAUUAAAAUUAAUAAUCAGAGUACAUCACAUACGAAUGAAAUUUAACUGUGUGAAGAAAAGUUGCGGUGUUAAAAUUUAGUUUAUUGAAGCACAUUACUGGACCAUUGUGCUUCAACGGCUAUAUAUAUAUAUAUAUAUAUAUAUAUAUAUAUAUAUAUAUAUAUAUAUAUAUAUAUAUAUAUAUAUAUAUAUAAUAUGUAUAUAUAUUUUUUCUUUUUUUUAUGUAUCUGCGUGAGCAUGAAGGCCAGACCCUCCCUGUCUCUCCCUCUGUUUCCCUGGCGGAAGCCCCCAAGUACCAACAAAGGGUUGACGCUUCCAUGACACGCCUGACCUCCAUGCUCCACACAUUACCAGUGGCAUAUUCAGGCUUCAAGGUAAUUCUUUUCGACUGCUUUGAAAAUCACGUUUGACUCUGCCAACACAAAACCGUUUCAUUUUAAUAAGGGGGGAUGUUAUAUGCUACAAGUUUUCAUGAACUGUAACUUUACAAAUAAAUAUAUACGUACACAAUAUUAAAAAAAUAAAAACAAUACUAAUGAAUAAACGCCAGAAUUUGCCACUUAAGCAUCAAUCUGAAGCAAACACGUAUAAGAUUUGCGGAUAUAACUUAGCACAUCCCAUUCAGCCGUUACCUGUGCCUUCUAUCCAAAGCUUCCAUGGAGCGACGUGGGUCCCGACUCUCGGCCUCACCUCGGUGCCAGGAAGUCAAGUAUUUUAUCAUUUUCUUCAUAUAGUAAUUCAUACGCCAAUCAGCUUACAGAUUUAGACGCUCAAUUUUUUCUUGACUGGAUUGAGGUGCUGUUUGAGAGUCUGGACCAAAGCCUUGUUCAACGCGCCCUUCUCAUCAUCAUGCAUUACGUCAACUAUAAGAUUUGUCUGUGUGUGCGUGUGUGUGUGUGCAUAUAUAUAUAUAUAUAUAUAUAUAUAUAUAUAUAUAUAUAUAUAUAUAUAUAUAUAUAUAUAUAUAUAUAUAUAUAUAUAUAUGCAUGCACUCCACUGUAAAGAAAAUAAAUGACUCAAUAAGAAAUGAAUUGCCAAGAUUGAGAUAUAGAAGGUAAAAGAGAGAAGAGAGGCGCCUCGUUGAAGUUGGCUGUGACCCGGGUCAGCGCUCCACUAACCCUGUGUGAUGGGAGACCAGAGCUGCGUCUACACAGGUGACAAGGUGAGCCGCGGCGAGCCUUGCCUCACCACUCUAAUCAAAUUUAUGGUCCAAUUUUUACUAUGAAAGGUUUGAAAAUACAAUUUAACAUUAAAAUUACCGUCACAUUUGUUUUACUCUAAUAAAUAUGGAUGCGACGCCUGUGUUUACAGUCUUUGCCUUCAAGUUAUGCGAUUUUCAGGUGACGUUCUCUGUAUUAAAGAAAAGUACUAGGUAUUUAAUAUUUCUUCCUUGCUAUUAAGGUCCAUUGUUGUAUAAGAUUAUGAAAAGAUUUGGACCUUGGUAGCUGCAGGAUGGACUGGAUUCAUUGAAUCCCCUCAUUAUUUUGAUCUUGUAUCAAAGUGUGUGCUUUUUCAUGCCAAUAAACUAAGAAACCAGUUAAAA